UUUUUCUAAUAUACAUAUUACGCGUGUCAAUUACAAUUUCUAUCUCGCAGUAUUCGAUUUUCGUCUAGAAAUCCACAAUUUCUUACCAGCUUUUUUUCAGCUACCGCUGAUUUUUUAAAAAUGUGCGAAAUUAAGAAGCCUGAGUUUGCAAAAUGUUUAACUGAAAGUAUACAAGGACUUUUCAAUAAUAUUGAAAAUGGUAUACCAGGGUUUACAGCCAUAAAGAGCUUUGAACCAUUUACAUUAAACAAAAUUAGAAUUGCACAAGGACACUCGGAAGCUGUUAAUAUAAAUAUUGAUUUAUCAAAACUGAAAUUGCAUGGAUUAACCAAAAUUAUUGUUAAAGAGUGCAAAGUAAGUUCUAAAGAUUUUUCAUGGAAAACUACAUUAUUAUUACCUAAGAUGAAAAUAGAAAGCGACUACGAGUUAGAAGGACGUGUUUUAUUAAUACCGUUGAAUGGCAAAGGAAAAAUGACUUUAGAUAUAUCUAAUUUCAAUGCCGUUUUGUACACAAAAACAAAGUUAUAUGAAAAAGUUGGAUUCACAUUUUUUAAUGUUACCGAUACAAAAAUCGAUUAUAAUUUAAAUGGUUUCCAGUCAUAUUUUACCAAUUUGUUUGGCGGAAAUAAAGAUUUAGAGGAGAGUACAAACUUAUUUUUCAAUGAAAAUUGGAUGAUGGUAGCUGAAGCACUGAGGCCAAUUCUUACUCAAACCAUCCAAGAUGUUUUAUUGGAUACGUUACAAAAAAUAUUUCACUACAUACCAGCUAAAUUUUUUGUCUACGACAUUCCUAUACUAAACUAA